CUUCUAGGAUAUCGGUGAUCACGCGCCGCCGUGAUGGUGGUGAAUGAGCGACCUCAGAAGCGGAUGAAGAGGCGUAUCACGGCGGAUCUCAACGACUUCUUCACCUUCCCGUCCUCGUCGGCGGGGGCUACUGGACCUUUCAGGACCGUCGUCAGGGAGUUUCUCUCUAACCAUGCGCUGGUUCCUCCGCCGUCGUCCCUCUUCCCUCACCUGAUGACGUGGCAGAUUCUCUUCAGGGUCGGCGAUGCUGCCGAUCAGCUCCCGGCGACCGCGGCCUCGGCGGACGGUCCCGAUUCGCCCGUCGUGUGCCUCGAUAUCGUCGAGGAGGACGUCGCCAGAUCUCGAAACGUCUAUUGUGAUCAGUGCCGAGUUGUCGGAUGGAGUGGUCAUCCAGUUUGCGGGAAACGUUAUCACUUUAUAAUUAAGGCUGAUGGUAAUUCCAUUGGCGGGUAUCACAAGCCUUGUAUGUGCUGUGGAGAUGUUGUGCAUAUCUACGAAUCCAAGUGCAAAUCUUGCAACCUUGAUGCAAGUACAGACGAUGUUGAAGAUUGGGUGUACAGCCAAUUAGAGAAUACAACCCAUCUUCUGCAUGGAGUAGUCCAUUCAAAUGGUUUUGGACACCUUCUCAGGGUAAAUGGAAGGGAAGGUGGCUCGAGGAUGCUUUCUGGAUGCCAUAUCAUGGACUUUUGGGACCGGCUCUGUAAAGUUCUUGGAGUGAGAAUGGUCAGUGUGAUGGAUGUGUCAAAGAAGUAUGGGCUGGAAUAUCGGCUACUUCAUGCAAUCAUCAGAGGACAUCCCUGGUAUGGUGACUGGGGUUAUGAAUUUGCUACUGGUAGUUUUGCUCUCACUCUUGAUGCCUAUAAUUUGGCUGUUGAAAAACUCUCUACCCUACCCCUGUCCACCUUUCUUGCGCAACGUCGAUUUCCAUCUUGCAUCCGUGACAUCAUCUUGAGAUACCAGUCCCUAUCAGAACAUGAGCUUUUGAAUAUAAGAGAUCUCUUUAGUUUCUUGAUUAAAUUGAUCCAUGAUGCUCCCAAGUGUUCUUCAAGGGGUGAUGAUGCCAUGAGCAAGAAGCGACGAGCUUCCGGAGUUCUGUAUUCUUGGACGAAGAGUGAUGUUGAAUGUGUAGAAGAAGCCAUGGUCAAGGUGCUGCGUGCAGUUACUGGGCCAAAUUGGGUAAAUCAGCGUAAUCUUAGGAAAGCUAUUUACAAGGGACAACCACCCGAUCUCCUGGAUUAUAGCCUCAACGAACUUGGAGGGAAAAUAGUAGCAGAAGGGAUCUUCGUUAAUUCAAGACGCAAUGCUGAUGGUGAUUUUGAAUACAGACUCGAGGCUGGAAGCGCAUCAGACGACUCUUCCACCUCUAGAAGCCUAUCAGAAGAAAAUCUUGUACUGGACAUACGUUUCUUAUAUGAGUCGAUGCUCCACCCCCAAACUAUGAUGAAAGAUGUGCCUCAGGAAACAAGGGACCUUGCUGUCAGCUGUGCUGAAAAGCUACUUGACUGCAAGCAGUUUGUAAAGGAUUACAAGCCCGAAAGGAUGUCCACUAAAGAUCCAUCGCUUACAUGUGUCUUAUGUAGAGUUGAAUUUACAGACGAGUCUGAAGAAUAUUCCACCCUGGACCCCCCUCCAGAACUGAUUGUUCUAACCAAUGCUACUGUAUCCGAUCUCAAGGUUGCAGCAUCAAAAGCUUUUCAAGAUGUAUAUUUGGUGUUGAAAAGGUUUCAAGCCGAAGAGUUGGUUGACUAUGGCGGUGUUGAUGAAUCCACCCAGGUCAAGAAGUUGUUAGGGUCAGGAGAAUAUGUUCGAGUGAGAGGGCGCUGCAAUGCAAAGAGUGGAUGGAGUAAGUUCAGCAUGGAGAGAGGGAUGGAGAGGUGGACAGUGGAGUGCAGCUGUGGGGCAAAGGAUGAUGAUGGAGAGAGAAUGAUGGCUUGUGAUCUUUGUGGUGUGUGGCGGCACACUCGAUGUUCUGGAAUCCCAGACUCAGAUUCGGUCCCUGCCAGUUUUGUUUGUCAAGGAUGCAAAAACUCAGUUCCAGUAACGCAAAAUGCUGGGCCUUGCAAGGAUGAGGUGGUUGCUAAGGUUGAAAGCUGCUCCUUUGGUAAUAAUUUGAUUGGCCCUCCUGACGUUCGCUGAUAUAAUUUUACUGUUAGUCAAUAAGUAAUUGGUUUGAUUUCGUCAUUUCUUCGGUAAGAGAGGUUGGUUUCCUCUAUCCCCAAAGGACCAUGUACAUAAAAUCCGUAGGCCUUUUUAGUACUUUUCUGGGCAGUUAUACGGACUCCCAUUUUCUUUCUAAUUUCCUACUUUUCUUCGUCUGUAUAUAUUUCUUCCUAUGGUUAACAAAAGAGAAGUUGAAAAGUUAUAACAU